AGUCUAGGGGUUUUACAUUCUCCACGCAUGCGUUAAAGCGGCUACCUAAUAUAAAUAAUAUACUCUGAUUUGGGACUCAGUCGUGUCAAAAAUUAAAGCAUAACCUCAAAAUGGACUCUGUUCAAUGUUUGCACUUAUUGGUGAAGCAUAAUAAAAGUAGACGUCCUUCAUCUUGGCGACAAGAUAACAUUACCAAAUCGAAAGAAGAAGCCCUGCAGGAACUGGCAGAAUACAGACAAAAAAUCGUUUCGGGAGAAUGUACUUUUGAGGAAUUGGCUUCGAAAGUGAGCGACUGCUCCAGCGCCAAAAGAGGUGGAGAUUUGGGCUCUUUUGGCAGGGGAGCAAUGCAAAAGCCUUUCGAAGACGCAGCCUUCGCAUUAAAUGUCGGUGAACUAAGUGGAACGGUUGACACUGAAAGCGGUGUACAUAUCAUUAAAAGAAUUGCUUAA